GAUGAGGGGACACACACACACACAAGCGGAGGGAACAAAAGGGUCAAUUAGAGCACAUUUCCGACAUGAGUGGGAAGCGGGGGGCCUCGGUGGCAAAAUUCACAUUGUGGAGGUGUAGACGCCAUAUUUGGAUUGACCCCCCCCCCCCCCCACACACACACACACAAAAUAAAGCCGCAACAAAUUCGAAUAAUUAGCAAAUGUUUCCAAACUAGUGGAUGGCCGAGGGACCCCCAGAUGCAGCUGUUGAUGGUUGCGUGGCGCGGGGCGGGGCGGGGACCCCAGGCCAAAUACGAAGAGACAAGCAAUUGUUCGGACUGCGAGCCGACUGGCGCCUCUCAAGCAAAGCAAAGCGACCUACUUGGGGGGGGGGGGGGCGCACGCGUGGGCAUCGGCACUCAUCGAACGAACAUCGAACCCGUUUUGAGGAAGAAGGAGAAGAAGGGGAAAAAAUUAAAUUCAACACCGAACGACCGCAGAAUGAAGUCCCGCGGUCAAGCCGGCCUCGAGCGGACUGACCCCAUUAGGCUCGGAGACAGUGGGGGGGGUGGGGUUUCCCGAUCUGCCCUGUCAUUGGUUAAUACGAUGUCCCUGUUGACAUGUUUUCUUACUACUAAUGCUCCCGACACCUCCUCGUCUCGACUCUUCUCCUCGUCCGACCGGAGCUGCGAGCGCCACGCCUCGAGAGGCCCCCAGUUGGUCCGGAACGCGGAGGGGGCUCACCGGGGCGCAGUCUCUCCUGUGUGUCGCCGUGGGAUGAGCGAGGCGAACGGACGCGCCCCCACCGGGAUCUGGCGACGACCGAGUAAGUCCCACAUGCCGGACUCGACUCGCCCGUCGUCCCGUUUCGAAUGAUUUGGACGCGCCCGCCGAUGAGAGAGGCCGCUUUCCCGGGGGUUGCCAUGGCUUAUCACCCGUUCCACGCGCACCGGCCCAGCGACUUCCCGGUGUCCGCCUUCCUGGCGGCCGCUCAGCCCUCCUUCUUCCCGGCGCUCAGCCUGGCCCCCGAGUCCGUCUCGGAACGCAAUUCGGCCGCGGCGGAACCCGGACUCCACCCGGCCGCUCGGCUGCGCGCCGUGAAGAGCUUGGAGCCCGAAGAGGAGGCGGACGACGACCCCAAAGUUACCCUGGAAGCCAAGGACCUUUGGGACCAGUUCCAUAAACUCGGCACGGAAAUGGUUAUUACUAAAUCGGGAAGGAGGAUGUUCCCCCCGUUCAAAGUGCGGAUCAACGGGCUGGAUAGGAAAGCCAAGUACAUUUUGCUGAUGGACAUCGUGGCGGCGGACGACUGCCGCUACAAGUUCCACAACUCCCGCUGGACGGUGGCGGGCAAGGCCGACCCGGAGAUGCCCAAGCGGAUGUACAUCCAUCCGGACAGUCCGGCCACCGGCGAGCAGUGGAUGGCCAAGCCCGUCGCCUUCCACAAACUCAAGCUCACCAACAACAUAUCGGACAAGCACGGAUUUACCAUCCUGAACUCCAUGCACAAGUACCAGCCCAGGUUCCACAUCGUGCGGGCCAACGACAUACUGAAGCUCCCUUACAGCACCUUUCGGACCUACGUCUUCCCGGAAACCGACUUCGUGGCUGUGACGGCGUACCAGAACGACAAGAUAACACAACUUAAGAUUGACAACAAUCCAUUUGCCAAAGGAUUUAGAGAUACUGGGAACGGAAGAAGGGAGAAAAGGAAACAACUCACUAUGCCAUCGCUCCGAAUGUACGACGACCAGGGCAGGGACGGCGCCGACUCGGACGCUUCCAGCGAAACUGCGACUGCUCGAGACGCCGUUCGGUCCCCGUUGGGAGCGAGUUCGAGUCCGCCGCGCUUCAACAGGGCGAGCCAAGAUGACAAAACAUGCACUGACAGCGAGCAGGAGCUUGAAAAGGUGGGCGAGCGCUGCACGAGCUCCAACAGCCCGGACACCGGACCCGUGUCCCCUUACGGCGCUCAGUGCGAGGAGCGGAUCGGCGAAAGGCCCCAAACGGACAAGAAAGAGGACUCCUCCGCGUUCAGUGCCAAGAGCCUCGCAAAACACAAAGCGGAGAGCAGGCAUCGGAAGGACACCGCAGACGUGUUGAUUAAGGACCCCGAGGCUGGGAGCGUCGGUGCUACGAAGGACACCUUCUCCCCACUCAUGGUCCAGACCGAAAGCCCUUCACACUUCAACCCAGGUCAUUUACAAAGCUUGGCACUGUCCGGCCUGCACGGCCAACAGUUCUUCAACCCUCUAAACACCGGAUCACCGCUUUUGUUUCACCCCGGGCAGUUUGCCAUGACCCCUGGAGCCCUUUCUGCUAUGGGAAUGGGCCACUUAUUGGCCUCUGUAUCUGGAGCAAGUGCUUUGGAAAAUGGCAGCCUCUCGACUCAAGGCACAGGAGGAACGCCCAAUGCCUUCCCCUUCCAUUUGUCUCAGCAUAUGCUCGCUUCUCAGGGCAUCCCCAUGCCUCAGUUUGGGGGUCUCUUUCCCUAUCCCUACACCUACAUGGCAGCAGCUGCAGCUGCAGCCUCGGCCCUGCCGGCAACCAGCACCUCUAGCCCACUCUCCAGAAACCCUUUUCUUGCCACAUCUCGACCACGGCUGCGCUUCAACCCCUACCAGCUCCCCGUGUCUUUGUCCGCAACUUCUGGCCUGCUCGCAACCAACCUGCAAUGUAGCCUCAACCCAGGCUCUGAAUCAUCCAAACCGUGCAGUAGGGAGACCAGCCCGGCCCUAGAACACCACAGCCACAACAAGAUUGGGGGAUCUUGUGGGAGGGGCACAUCCCCCAAAACGAAAGACUCUCCGAAUGAACUACAGAAUAUUCAGAGACUGGUGAGUGGGCUGGAGGGACAGACGGAGCCAUCCCCAGAUGAAUAUUCUCCCAAGUGACGCGCGACUCCGUUUGGGAUUUCUUGGCCUCCAGACUGAGGACCGUUGUGGUUUUUGUUUUCUUUUUUCUCUCUUUUUGCAGCACACCACAAAAGCUAGGGUGAAGACGGUUCGGUAAAUUCAAGUCCGUUAAGACUGACAAUUGUUCUCAGAACAACGCGACACAUAUUCACAAGAGGCCAAACCAUAAAACCUCCGAUCUCGAAAUGUUUUGGCUCAUACCAAACCCAUAUACAACCAAUUUACAUGCCCAAACUGAAUCUUCCUGACAGGCAGCUCCACAUACUUGAACAUCACAUGGAAUUUUGGAUAAGUGGCCUAAUAGUUAAUAAAUAAUAAUCAUUAAAAAAAAAAAAAAAAAAAAAA